UAAUGAAAUGUAUAUUUUUGUUGGCCAUAAUAUUCAGAAGAUAUAAUUAACUUAAAGAAUAACAGUAAUUUGCCAUAAUUAAAAUAAGCACAAAUUUCUUUGCAUAAAAAAUUGAUUUUUUAUAAUUGAUUAAUAUAAUUUUAUCUACUAUAUUAUUGCAAAGAACAUGCAUGCAUGCAGGCAAACAAGCAGCAUGUGUGCAAGUAAGCGGCAAGCAUGCAGCAAGUAUGCAAGCAGGCAUGUCAUGCACACAAGCAGGCAUGCAGUGUGCAAUAGGUUCUGUUCUUCUCCGGUGCUGUGAGAAGUGCAGCCCUUUCGCCCUUACGUUACGAGUGUCAUAUGCCCAAGCAAGUUUCCGCAGCUUUGGCUUCGGCCUCAGAGGGCGAGGGCUGCUCUCCCUCCGUGCCUCCAGUUCUUAAAUUACUCUCUAGUAUUGGACAGACUAAUACCACGGCGAAGGACCACGGCCACGUUUAAUAUAGUUAAUUUCGUGUUAAUAUCGAUUUUUUUAAUUUUACUUCGAAAUUUGUACACAAUUUUAGCAUUAAAAAUACUUUAUUAUGUUGAAAAAAAAAAGAUCGUAGGUAUAAGUAAAUAUGCAUAGUAAAAAUAAUAAUAUAUAUGUUUUUAAAAAAGUAUGACUUUACUGAGUUAUGCUUUAUAAAAAUAUGGUCAUUUAAGUAUAAUUUAAAUCUGCGUUUCAAAGUAUGCUUUAUAAAAAUAUGACAAAUGAAAAUAUAGAUUUAGAUGAUUAUGGGUUUUAUUAUGUGUAAUUAUCAGUUUGGCAAACUACUAUGCUUUUUGAAGUGUAUGCCAAUUGGAAUUAUGACAAUAAAAAUUAUUCGUUUCAAAGUGUAACCAGUUGUUACUUAAUUUCAUCAUUCAUUUUGUUACUAAAUUUAAAUAGUCGAUAUUUAUUUAAAGUUACAUAACGAUAUAAUUUAUCAUAUAAAUAUAUUUGAAAAAUGUGCAUGUUCUUAUUCAUGACCCAGGUUAUUCAGAAUAUUUUGCAUGUUAUUAUUAAUCCUCAUUUUGUCCGUGGUACAAUAAAUGCGUUAUAAUAAUUUAUUAGUAUAUAUUUUUUUAAUUUUUGUUGGCAUUGGAGGCACUGAUUUAUCGACACUACUUACUGUAAGUCACAGUCACAUAAGGUAAACGCAGGUAUUACCGUGGUAAUCGAAAACCUGCCGGUAUCGUCGAGGUUUGUGAUAAAAUUAUAGUUUUUGGCAAUUGCAGACAUAUUUUACUCAAAAGUUAAACUUUUAUGAAAGAUCAAUUUAUAUUCGUUUGAAUGGAUCCAUGGCACACUAUGUACAAAAAAUCUUAAAACCAAAAACAAAAGAUUAGUUUGCGUCGAAUUGGCGCCAAAGCACGAAGCUCUCACCGAGUGUUAUUGCUUGGUAAUAACUUCACGAUAGAAUUGUAAUACCGAUUGAUAAUAGCAUAUAUUUUGAGUUUAGGGUUCUG